UGGAUAUUUUCAAAGCAUGUCCGACCAUAGUUCCUUCCAUGGUCGAUCCGACUAUAGAAGUUUUAUCCGAAUAAAGAAUGUGGCUAUAUAUGAUGCUAGCUGAUGUCUUCCGACUAUAGAAGUUUUAUCCAGAUAAAGGAUGUGGCUCUAUAUGAUGCUAGCUGAUUUCUCCUCAUUUGGUGGUUCUUGAUAUAUGAAAGGGAUAAAAUAGUUUAAAUAAAUAUCAUAUAAUUAUUUUUUUUAUGGAUGUUUCAAUAUAUAUAUGUGGCUCACGAUGAUCAUAAUUUCUUUCAUGAUCGGUCUAACUAUAGAAGUUUUUUCCUCCUUAUCCUCUCCCCGGAUAUCUCUAACCUAGCCUAGCAAUGGCAGCGAAUGGACCCGUCACCAAGAGCACUCCCCACCUUGCCGUCCUUCCAAGCCCCGGCAUGGGCCACUUGAUCCCCCUGACCGAGCUCGCCAAGCGGCUGGUCGCCCAGCACGGCUUCACGCUCACCUUCAUCACCCUCGGCGGCUCCGCCUCCAAGGCCCAGUCCGCCUUCCUGACCGCCCUCUACCCCUCCAUCUCCUCCCUCACCCUCCCCCCGGUCCCCCUCGACGUCCCCCCCAACGCCCGCGUCGAGACCAUCAUGUCCGUCACCGCCGUCCGCUCCAUCCCCGCCGUCCGCGAUAUCCUCCGAGACCUCCAGUCCUCCACCAACCUUGUCGCCUUCAUCGCCGACCUCUUCGGCGCCGACACCUUCGACGCCGCCAAACAACUCGGCAUCCCCCACUACAUGUUCUUCCCUUCCAAUCUAAUGACGCUGACCGUCAUGUUCCAUUUGCCGACACUGGACGCCACGACCACGUGCGAGUACCGGGACCUCGCCGACCCGCUGGAGUUGCCUGGCUGCGUGCCGGUCCUCGGUCGGGACCUUCUCCACCCGCUCCAGGACCGCUCCAACGAGUGCUACAAGUGGAUGGUCCACCACGCCCGGCGCUACCGCGAGGCCGAGGGCAUCCUCGUCAACACCUUCGACGCCAUCGAACCGGGGGCGGCCAAGAUCCUCCGGAAGAAAGAAUCCGGGCGUCCUGCGGUCUACCUCAUCGGGCCGUUGAUCCAGACUGGAUCACCGGCCGGGGUGGACGGCUGGGAGUGGCUCCGGUGGCUGGACGAGCAGCCACGUAAUUCGGUGGUGUUCGUUUCGUUCGGCAGCGGCGGGACCCUUUCCAAGGCCCAGCUGGAGGAACUGGCCUUAGGAUUGGAGAUGAGCGGCCAGAGGUUUCUGUGGGUUGUCCGUAGCCCGAGUGACGGCGGAGUGAGCGGUAGCUCCUACUUCGACCCCGAGAGCAAGGGUUAUGAUCCAUUCGGCUUCCUGCCAGAAGGGUUCGUGUCGCGGACCAAGGAUAUGGGGUUGCUGGUGCCAUCCUGGGCGCCACAGAUACAGGUGUUAGCCCAUGGGGCCACGGGUGGAUUCUUGACGCAUUGCGGGUGGAAUUCGACGCUGGAGAGCGUGGCGAACGGAGUACCGAUGAUAGCCUGGCCGCUGUACGCGGAGCAGCGGCAGAACGCGGUGAUGCUGGUGGAGGGCGUGAAGGUGGCGCUGCGAACCAAGGAAGGGGAGGAUGGGUUGAUCGGGCGGGAGGAGAUUGCGAGGGUGGUGAAGGAGUUGAUGGAGGGGGAGGAGGGGAAGAGGCUGGGAAGCCGGGUGAAGGAGCUCCAGGAGGCGGGGACCAAAGGGCUGGAGGAGGAUGGGCUGGCCCACAAGACCCUCGCGGAGGUGGCUAGUACAUGGAAGGGCUUGAAUGUUAUGUAAACAAAUAUUUAUUGGGUGUCCCUUUUUUUCUUUUUGUAAGAAUUUAUUCGGUGUCCUUUGACUCAACUUCUGUCUCUAUUGUCUGUAUUUCCUUAAGGUGGCGUUUAGUACAUCAUCAUAUAAUCUAAGUUAUCAGUAAUAUAAAUUAUUAAUAAUAUUAAUUAUUAUAUAUGAUACAUACAGAUGAUAUUAUAAUAAAAUUAUAAAAAAUUUUGAUUAAUAUAUUUUAUAUGAUAAUCAAAUUAUUAAUAAUAUAAAAAUAAAUUUUUAAAAUAUUUUUAAAUUAAAUUUAUUAAAAAUUUAUAUACUAUGAUUUAUAUUCACAUGAUUCUAAUAUUGUAGUUAUCGAACGGUAACGUGCCUAUCCGUAAGCCACAACCGACCGUCCAUGCUACAACUGCUGAUCGUCAUCACUGCAAACCAUUGUUUCUAUCGUUGAAUUUUUUUUAUAAAUUUUUUAUUUUUAACUCAACGAUGAAAUUUCACUUAUAAUGCAUAAUUAUGUUUUUCACGAUGAUGAAUUUAUAAGUCAUUAUAAUAAUUUUUUUAAUUUUUUAAACAUAAAGAACCAAAUCUACUGUACCUUAUGGUCCCAGAGAAUGCCAAAGUAGAACAAAUCCUGUGGUAUGCUAAGCUAAGCUAAUCCACCGGUAGAAGAAUUCCAUUCAAUGUAUCAAUACCAUUUCACAAAGAUCGAAACAAACACAAAAUUGAUAAACUUAAAAAUUGAAACCCAAAAGGCCAAAAUAAUCAGAUACAAUUGAUUUCCGAAUUCAUGUGAAUGGUUGCCAUAUUCCAGAUACAGCAUCGAUAUUGAAUAAGAUACAGCAAAAGAGCUGGGAAUCA